AUGUGUUCGAGGCUGAAUCAAAAGCAAUGCCAAACUGACUUUGAUAUCAGUAAUACUGCCAUUAUUGCAAAGUACUCCAUUAUUCUUGCAAAUGUUACUGCAACUGCAAAGGAAUCUUGUGAUGCUCUGCUCAAAUGUGAUGAUCUUUCUACUCAACUUGAAGCCUUUAACUGCUUUGGAACAGCAGGUCGUGAUCAAUCCCAAAAACUGACAACAAUGUCAGGAGACUCCCUUGCAGCAGCUAUCAGCCUUGCAGAGGAAAUUAGCAGCAUCACCAGUAUUCAAAAUCUGUGCACUGAGAAGGCGAUCGCACGCUAUAGUAAUGACAACAGCCAAGCCCUAAAAGAAUUGACUGAGUGUCUCGAUGGCAAUAUUGCCGAGGUUUAAUCAGAGAGUUAAAAUAUCAGAAAUUAAAAAAAUAAAUCCUAUAAUUUGUAUUGAAAUUGUAAAUUGUACAGUCUUAAUAAAAGCAACGAGAAAAUA